GCAGCGAGUUGUUCAUCCCUCGAGAACGCCUUCCCGUUUCCCCCCUUUCGUUUAUUGUCUCGCCAUUUUUCCACCUUCGUCGUUUGACCCUGAUUUCUCUCGAAAUCGAUCAUCCUGCUCUCGGAUCGGAGAUGACGCUUGGAUCAGGAGGAUCUGGUGUUGUGGUUCCCCGGAAUUUCCGGUUAUUGGAGGAACUUGAACGUGGGGAGAAAGGUAUUGGAGAUGGAACCGUGAGCUAUGGAAUGGACGAUGGAGAUGACAUCUACAUGCGUUCUUGGACUGGAACUAUUAUCGGACCUCACAAUUCUGUUCAUGACAGUCGGAUUUAUCAGUUGAAGCUGUUCUGCGACAAAGAUUACCCCGAAAAGCCUCCAAGUGUUCGCUUUCACUCACGCAUCAACAUGAUUUGCGUUAACCCUGAAACCGGAGUGGUUGAACCGAAAAAGUUUGGGAUUCUUGCGAAUUGGCAAAGAGAGUACACCAUGGAAGACAUCUUAACACAGCUGAAGAAGGAAAUGGCGUCUCCUCACAACAGGAAGCUCGUCCAACCCCCGGAAGGUACUUUUUUCUAGCGUUCGAGAAAACCAUCAUACCAAAAAAAAAACUCGGGAAAACCCCAUCAACCGUUAUUGCUCUGUGCAAUACAGUAGUUUGUAAUGAAUUCAGUAUCCUCUUCUUCACUAUGUUCUUGCUGGAGUUGAAAGAUUCUUCUGACACUUUCCUCCUCAUUGCUCAUAAACUGUCCUUUUGAUGUUCUUUUCGAUCAAUGGGUGCCUCUCGAUUUCUCGUCUUGA